AGAGAGAGAGAGAGAGAGAGAGAGAGAGAGAUUAAAAAAAGAUGGUAAAUUGGGAGAAAUUUGGGAAAAGCACAUUGGUUGCACUUGCUUUGGGACAAAUUCUCUCUCUUCUCAUCACUUCCACUGGCUUUUCUUCUUCUCAACUCGCCAAGAAAGGGAUUAAUGCACCAACUUCUCAAUCUUUCUUGAAUUAUGUACUGUUGGCAUUGGUGUAUGGAAGCAUUAUGCUUUACAGAAGAAAGCCCCUCAAGGCCAAAUGGUACUACUACGCCUUGUUGGGAUUGGUUGAUGUUGAAGCCAAUUUUCUCGUUGUUAAGGCUUACCAAUACACAUCAAUUACGAGCGUGAUGCUGCUCGAUUGUUGGACGAUACCAUGUGCCCUGUUUCUCACGUGGUUCUUUCUGAAGACAAAGUACCGAUGGAAGAAAUUGCUCGGUGUUGUCAUUUGUGUUGCUGGUCUUGUAACUGUCGUUUUCUCCGAUGUACAUUCUGCAGAUCGUUCGAGUGGUACGAACCCUCUUAAAGGCGAUCUGCUAAUAAUCGCCGGGGCCACACUUUACGGUGUAAGUAACGUCAGUGAGGAAUUUUUUGUUAAAAAUGCCGAUCGGGUCGAACUUAUGGCUUUCUUGGGCUUGUUUGGCGCCAUUGUCAGUGUUAUUCAAAUAAGCAUACUUGAACGUAAUGAACUCAAGAACAUUCACUGGUCCGCCGGAGCUGCAUUUCCUUUCUUCGGAUUCUCACUAGCCAUGUUUCUGUUUUACUCGGGGGUUCCCGUUUUACUAAAGAUAAGCGGAGCAACAAUGCUGAAUCUCUCGUUGCUCACCUCGGAUAUGUGGGCCGUCUUAAUUCGGAUCUUCGCGUACCAUGAAAAGGUUGAUUGGAUGUAUUUUGUAGCGUUUGCUGCUGUCGUGGUCGGGCUUAUCGUUUAUUCAUGGCGCGAUAAAAAAGACGAAAAAGAUGCCGAGGCUGAAGAAGAGGCGGGUUUAGGCCAAUCGGAACGAAAAAAUCAAGUAUUGAGGAGCAGUGUUUAAGAGAAGAAACUACUACACAUACUUUUUACCUUAGUAAAUUUUUGCAGGAUUAGGACAAAACUUUGUUUUGCAUGCUUUGAUUUGAGUUAGAGAAUAAUUAUUAAGUGUUUACCAUUAAUUAAUUACCAUUAAGCAAAAAGAAAAAUAAUCCAAUUAUGAAAUUGCUUCUUUCAAUCUUUA